AUGUUAUUAUAUGUUAUGAAUACAGUUUCAUUAGUGGUCAGUGAUAGUAUUCAUGAAAGCAGUGAUCAUAUAGUUCAUGAUGACUAUUUCAAUGGUUCCAGAUUCGGUUGGAUGAUUCUGUUUGGUAUUGUAGGUGUUUUAAUACGAUACUUUUUAAAUAUCUUUUUUGCUCAUGUGCUCAAGACCGAUACCUUUUGGAGCACGCUUAUCAUCAACAUAUCAGGAUGUGCAAUCAUAGGUGUAGUUCAGGUGGUCGGUGUAGAACAAAUGAAUAUUAACAUCGAUCUUCGAUACGGAUUAAUGGUUGGUCUGUUUGGAGGAUACACUACAUUCUCUGGCUAUUGUUUAGACACCGUACUUUUAUCCGAGAGAAACCAAUUGAAAUAUACAAUCAUAGGUAUAUUUUACUGUAUUAUAUCACCUGGUUUAGGAUUGGCGGCUACCUACACGGCGAUAAGACUCACAAGGAAACAUUACGAAUAA